UCAUUUGACAGCACAUUGUUUCUGUUUUUUUCCCCCUAAUUUUUGCCCUUAAAAGGCAUCAAAGCAACUCUUUUAAAGGGAAACAUGAUUCCUCAAACACAAUAUUUCUCAUUGAGCUUCAUUAAAUCAGUUCGCACUGCAAAUAUCUGUAAAUCUGUAUACAAAAGUAGUUUGUUACUUUAGAAAUUAUGUUUUUAAAGUUCCAAACUGUUAACAAGUGCAAAGAUUAGUACAGGCAAGCAAGGAAUAUCAAGUCAAGCAAAAAUAGCUGGUAUAACAUUGAUAUUCUACUCGGUCUUAUUGUGUCAGGCUACAAGCAGCCAGCAGGCAUUUAAACUGCCUAUCUGCCUGACCAUCACCAAGGCAACCAAGUGUAAACGUACAGCAGGAGGUGUGCAGGGGGAGAGAAGAAGGGAGAGCAGACACUAGAGCACAGGGUCUGUUCUAAAGGAUCAAAGGUUUACGCAUCGAAUGUCCAGGGAGGGUCGGAGAAGACAUAUGCCUGCAGUAUCUCAUCAAUGGAUCUAAGAAAGGAGCUAAAAGCAGAAAAUGACAUCACCAAAGAAAGCGAGAAGAGAAACAGCUUCACUAAGAUACUGAGAAAAGAGCAGGAAGAGGGAAAUGGAGAGAUCCCAGUUAUGAGCCAUGAGGACGAGGAGGAACUGGGGGUCCCCAACACUGAAGAUGAGGAGGAGCAUGGAUCCUUUCCACUUAUCAGCGCCUGUCGUACAGGCAUGACUCAGGUGGUGCAGCAGUUGCUGAGUUUUGGGGCUGAUGUGACCCUGUGUGACUACAGCCAGCAGACAGCGCUCCACAUUAGCUCCCCUGAGCUCCAGGGGAAAGUGCUGGGGUGGAUGAUGAGGCCUCAUCUGCCCCCCCAGGCCCAUCUGCUGCAGGCUGCCUGGCAGGGAGACCUGCACUCCUUACAGCACCUGCUGGCUCAGACCGACAGGGUGGAUGUGAAUGUUACGAACAGUGACGGUGUGACCGCGGUGAUGCUCGCUGUCAGGGACAUUGACCUGUUUGAAGACCUUGCUACGCAGUUUCCAUGGGAACACCGACCUGUGGAAGUGGUCAAGGAACUGCUGGUACUCUCGCCUGAUCUGCGGGUACGAGACCACAGCGGCUGUUCUGCUCUCCACUAUGCUGCUAACAUCAGCAGCCCUUUGAAGGAGGAGAUCAUUCAUAUGAUGGUGGAGGCCUUAAGUCGAACAGCCCUUGACAAGUACUCAAGCCAGGAUUCGGACUCAGAGUUUGGAGAUUCGGACAUAGAGUUGGACCUUGAGAGCCUUUUUCCCAGUCGGUCAGCUGCUGCCUCCCCCACGCAGACACCAACCCAUCAGAACGGCUUUGUACUAUAUAGUCACACAGGGGAAGUACUGGAGUCUCCAGGUUACUCUCCUCUAUCUAACCAACAUAAAGAUCUCAGCCAAGAUAAGGGAAUCCCCCUGUGUUUCCAAAACGCCAUGGAAACGCUGAGGGACAUCAGGCAGGCCUACCAGGACACAGGGAGAGCAAGCAGAGGAGGUUUGUCUCUGCCUCAUCUUGGCGACAAGAGCAGAUGCUGGAGCCAUCAGGAUCCCUCUCCCUCACCUGGUUUGCUGAGUACCAGGAUCUCCUGUAUGCCAGUACCCCCUAAACACAGAAGAAAGAGAACAACAAGUGUGGUGGCUGCAUAUCUGUCCUCACCCAGCCUGCUGUCUGUGGCAGAGCCCAGCCUGCUCAGCCAGUCAGCCCCCAGCAUCUUGGAACCACUGCUUUGUUCCAACACUGUGAUGCAGGCCAGAGCACACAUCCAGAGCCGACUGGGUUCUCAAGAACCUGUAAAUGAACAAAAGGAUCCCUUACUAUCUCUGCACCCCAGAACCCCCAAGUUGUUGGCACCACUGGACAGCAGGCCACGGGACAUAGCUGCUCUGCCAGCACUUAAACACCAUGUUCCCCUGAAGCCCAUAAGCCGGAGCCCCCUUUGCUCUAAGACCCGGCUGAGAAGAGAACGGUUGUUUUGGGACAGCCCACUGACAACUAAAGGGGGGAGUGAAGAGAGCGGGUCCAGCAGCAGCAGCAGCAGCAGCAGCCAGAGUUCCAUCGACCUGGAGGACGAAGAAGAUGCAAAGGACAUACUUAAGCGAGUAUCAGGAGAAAGACCUCUGAAGUUUUUUGGAGAUACAUUGUUGCAGCAAUCCAACAGCAUGAGCACCACCGAGGCUGAUUUGGUAGGGGAGACAAGGCAGCAUUUUAAAGUUCAGUCAAGAAUCAGUCAUAUAUCACCGAUCUACAGAUCAGUACAUGACCUGGACAGAGACCCUAUCAAAGAUCUUGACAAUGCUGAACAAGCUUUAAACCCUAACUCAGAGAGUGAGGGUCAGUCCUUUAUGAACUAUGCACAAAAAGGAGACAUUGUGGAUAUUGAAAUACCUAUCAAAUCAAAGUUGAAGAAGGAAAAUAACUAUGUGGGUUGCACCCCAGAGCCUGGGACUGAGACUAGCCAUAGCAUAACACUUAUUAUGAAUGAUGAUGAUAGGGAUGUUAUUGUGUACCCUGAAGGAACUUCCAGGGAAGAAAGAAACAAUGAAAGGACAAUGAAAGAUUCCUGUUAUGAAGAAAACAGCAUAGAUAACCCAAUCCCUUGUAGCAAGGAUUUAAAGAAAACUGCUAGCACUACAAAGGAGAAAAUAAAAUUAUGUACUUCAGCUGUAAAACUCCCUCAGUCAGACGUCGAACCCAAGAAAGAUGAGAGGAUGUUGAAAGCCUUAAAGCCUGUCCGAAACAAGGACAGAAGAAGUAUCACAAACAGUCAACUGAGAGAAAACAUUCAAACGAACCAGCAGUCCUUUAACAUGGUAGCGUGCAAAGAACGAAGCAUCCCCAAUCGGAAUAAGUCCAGAAGCAAUCUGAAGUUCUCCUCACUUUCCACACAAGGUAAAGAUAAAACAAGGAAAAGCCCGGAGAUAAUAAUUAGCAGAGAGAUUGUCAUAAAAGGGAAAUCAAAGCUUAAAGUUGCGUGUUCUAACACCGGCACCAUAUCACCACGGAAUAAGCUUAAUGAUCAGAGCAAAAGACCAACUCCUGAGAAGAUGAACAGCAACAAAACUCCACCAGUUAGGGAGGUAAAGACCAUCCGGGUGUUAAAGAGACCCAGUUUAGCAGGCAAACCAAGGUCUAAAUCUGCCGUGGACUUCAUCACCUACAAAGACAUGUUUAAGCAGAUACAGAGUGGGGAUGAAGGACCAGCCAUCUACGAGAUGUUUGCUGGUCCCAUCUAUGAUAACCUUCGAGUUUCUAGCUCCUGUGAGAAAGUCAAGGAUAGACAAGUACAGUCUGCUCCGUUUAGGAGGAUGCCACAGUGGCAUAAAGUCAAACACAGAACACCGAAACAAGCACAGAGGAGAAGUCCGGGGGAGAGCAUGGUUGCUUCAGCUAAAGGCAAACCUAAACAUGCGCCCUCUAGGGUGAAACCUCCCCUCACACCUGUACCAAAGAAAUGUAUGCAAAGAAAGAAGGAUAUGCCUGUAUCAGAUAGACUCAAGGAAGCUGAACUAUCUAAGGACGAUGGCAUUUUCCGUGGUAAUGCUCAAGAAACCAUUUUGUCUACCAUAGAGGAAGCUCUUUCUAGACAUGGGUCGGAAACAGUCAAAUCUAACAAGAAAACAUUAACCAAGCCAGCAGCUUUAUCUCAUGUUGAUGAUUAUAGUCACCUCCACAUGAACAUGCAAGAAAUAGGAAACCCAAACCGACUGGUUCUUGAGGCUGUGUUAUCUCAAAGCCCCCAACAGGUGGAGAUCAAAACCUGGGCUUCUUCCAGCAGUGGUAGCCACACCAUUGUGUCACCAGUUUACAAGAAGUUUCUGGAUGAGGUGGGGGACGGGCCACUUACAGAUGAUCUGCUGCAAUGUCUGGCUGAGGAGCUGAUCUCAUUGGACGAGAGGGAUGUAUACAUAGAACCUGAAAGCCUGGAAUCGGACGGAGAAAACAAUUCUAUAUCUGGAAGAAAAACAUAUCCUGAGGUUAAGCCCACAGACAGUGCUGCUCUGCUUGGCUCUGUGUUGGUUGUAAAUGACGUGAUCACAUGGACAAAAGGUGAAGUACUCGGCAGGGGAGCCUAUGGGACAGUGUACUGCGGCCUGACCAGCCAGGGCCAGCUGAUAGCUGUGAAGCAGGUGAGCCUGGAUUCCUCUGACCCAGACACUGCCAAGACGGAGUACAGUCGUCUGCAGGGGGAGGUGGAGCUGCUUAAAACCCUAAGACACACCAACAUUGUGGGAUUCCUGGGUACCUCAUUGCAACAGCAUGUGGUUUCCAUAUUUAUGGAAUACAUCCCAGGAGGAUCCAUCGCCAGCAUCCUUCACAGGUUUGGUCCUCUGCCAGAGCGUGUCCUGGCAUUAUACACACAUCAGAUUCUGGAAGGGGUGGCUUAUCUUCACCUAAACAGAGUGAUUCAUCGUGACUUGAAGGGAAACAACAUCAUGCUGAUGCCCACUGGAGUCAUCAAACUCAUCGACUUCGGUUGUGCGCGUCGUCUCAGCUGCCUGAACCACACCGCUAGCAACAGUGGAGAUCUGCUGAAGUCUGUCCAUGGCACACCUUACUGGAUGGCACCAGAGGUCAUCAAUGAGACAGGAUAUGGCACAAAGUCUGAUAUAUGGAGUGUGGGUUGCACAGUGUUUGAGAUGGCCACAGGGAAACCACCACUGGCUCACAUGGACAAGCUGGCUGCCUUGUUCUACAUUGGGGCUAAAAGAGGCUUGAUGCCUUCCUUACCAGAGGGGUUUUCGGAUAACGCCAAGGAUUUUGUACAAAUCAGCUUGACAAGUGACCAGAGAAUACGACCAUCUGCAGACCAGCUGCUGAAGCAUUCAUUCAUCCCUCAAAAUAAGACUGGAGCGAACGCCUGGGAGAAGCAGAAAAAAGGCUGCUGUGGUCACCCAGAGGGUCUUUGCGGUUAACAAUUUACAUGGCCAAGAGAAUGUUUAGUUCAAGAACCCAUUUUAAUGAUUCAUUGGAAUUGAUAACUCAAAUUAAAAUAAGUAUUCUUUUGUGACCCUGUGAGGGCGAGCCACCCAUCCCCACUGAUGCACUAGUAGUGUUUGAGCAUUGGGCUUGUGUCCCAGCCCUUUCUGGAAGCAAUGGUCAUUGCAUUCUUUACAGUUUAAGGAACAUGAGAAGCACUUUCUACCAUUUCACUCUCGCCUAAUAGAACAUAUAAAAUGUGAACAGAUAGAUGCCAUGUUUUUUUUUUUUACUGAUUUUGUAUAUUUUCUAUAGAAAUCUUAUGUGUGCCAAUCUUAUAAAUGCCUUAAUUUAAAAUGUAUGCAAUGCAACUGCUGUCACACUUAGCUGCUUAUAAAAUGUGUCUAAUCAAUAUUACUGCCUCAUUUUCCUGAGCUAUUUCUGAGGAAUCAAUGUGUAGAGUUUACUAAUGUAUUUACUAAUCAACCUUAACAUAUUGCUAGAAAUCAAACAUGUCUUUUCUUCGCAACUGCAGUAACAUUGUUAUAUGCAAAAUAAAAUGACAACAACCAGGGUUUAUACUGUGUCACGGUAAUAGCAACUUUGAAGUUUAUUCAUAAUAUUGUAUUGAAAAGAGAAAA